AUUAUAGUUCUUUCUGCCUCGUCACUUCCGGCCUCUUACCUAUACGUCACCUCCUGCCUAUGCACUCUUUGCUGGUGCGCGAGCGUGUCAGGGCCUUUUUAGCUCUCGGCAGGCAAACAUGGCGGACGUGCAGACCGAAAGGGCGUACCAGAAGCAGCCCACCAUCUUCCAGAACAAGAAGCGUGUUUUGGCUGCUGAAGGCGGCGGCAAGGAAAAGCUCCCCCGCUACCACAAGAACGUCGGCCUGGGCUUCAAGACGCCCCGAGAGGCCAUUGACGGCACCUACAUUGACAAGAAGUGCCCCUUCACUGGGAAUGUGUCCAUCCGAGGCCGCAUCCUCUCAGGUGUGGUGACAAAGAUGAAGAUGCAGAGGACUGUUGUAAUCAGGCGGGAUUACCUGCACUACAUUCGCAAGUACAACCGCUUUGAGAAGAGGCACAAAAACAUGUCUGUCCACCUUUCCCCAGCCUUCAGAGAUGUGCAGGUGGGCGACAUCGUGACAGUGGGAGAGUGCAGACCCCUCAGCAAGACUGUGAGGUUCAAUGUGCUGAAGGUCACCAAGGCAGCGGGCGCCAAGAAGCAGUUUCAGAAAUUUUAAAGGAGACGACCACUUUGGGUGUCCUGUGCUGUGUUCAGUGCUUGAUUAAUAAAGGUCUUAUAUGAA